UCCACAACACGCAGCACGCCCGCCUCAUUUCCAUCCCACCUUCCCACCCAUCCCCCUGCCUGCCUACCAUCUCCCUCCCUCUCGUCCACGCCUCCGGUCGUUCCCCUUCUUCCCUCUGCGUGCCACUCACCGGGCGCCAUGACGGAGGAGGCCGAGGGAUGUGUUGCGGUGGCCGAGGCGGCGGGCAUCAUCUGCUCGCUCCGUGCGGCGGACCUGGCCGGGUGGACGCCGCCAUGGAAGACGAGCGGGCAGCCGUCCUCCGAAGCCAUGGCGAAGAAAGAGGAGACGGGCUGGCCGUCGGUGGCGCGGGGGAAGCGGACGCGGUCGUCGCGCUCAGGAUCCGCGGCAAACAAGGGGAGGAGGUGGGCGCGCGGCAGCCCCGCGUCUCCGCUCGACUACAGCGGCGGCUCCGGCUCCGGCUCCGGCGCGUCCACCAGCGGCGGGGAGGACGGCGCCUUCUGCUCGACACCGGCGACGGCCGCCAUCGCCGCCACCCCAGCUUCUUCCUCCUUGGGCAAGGUGGGCUCUGCCGGAGGAGCUCGGCGCCCGUUGAUCAUGCCGGCCCCGCCGCCCCGCGCCGCGGGGCAGAGGUCCCGGAAGAAGAUGAGGCUCCCGGAGGUGAAGCAGAUGGUGCUGUCCCUGUCGGCAGAGAACGCCGUCCUUCGCCAGGAGAUGGAGUCGCUGCAGAUGGCCUGCAAGGCGCUCUCCAAGGAGAACGGCACACUAGAGACAAGGCUGGAGCAUUCUUCCUCGUCAAGCAAGCGGAAGAGGACCGAGUCCGAAGAGGAGGAGCGGCGACAAAGGAAGCCGCAGCAAGCCGGUGGCGGGUUCGCGCUCCCUGACCUCAACAUUCCGGCGCAGGAUGUCGCCGACGCACCAGCGGCUCCGUGAUGGCUCCGCUUGGGAACCCAGUCCAUCUCCGGUGGUGGCGCCUGACGGCUAACCUGAUAAGUUCAUUAACCGUGUAUAGGGGAGGAGGCUGAAUCUGAGGCUGGAAGGCGCGAUCUCUGAUCGCUCGUGCUGGCAGGGAGGAAGAGCAAUCGGUCGUGUUACCUUAGCUAUUUUUCUUUCUUCUGUUUAGUUUUGAGAUUUUUCUUUUGAACUGCCAGCAACGCUGGCUUUGUAUUAAGAUAGGUCGGGAGCGCAGUUUACAGGGUAGUCGCAAGGGUGCGAUCAAGAAUGAAAAGCGGGCAAAACGCCCAAGAGGAUUACAGACAAAGAAGAAAAACGUAGGGUUGAGCAUGGUCGGCGGCUCCCCAAAGUUUUUGCGGGUUUGGAACUGGGUAGAAUCCAGCUGAACAUGAUUGCGACGCGUGGCGCUA